AUGUUCUGGGGAAGCGGAGGACAAAAGGACAAUACGUCUGAAAAGCCUCAAGAGCCCAUCACCAGGGGAAAACUAACCCCUCAAAUGCAAGAGCUAGUUGAUAAUGAUGAUGGUUUCUAUUAUGAUGAUGUUUAUACCCCAUACUCCGUUGAUUCCACCGAAACCCCAUACCGCUAUGCCGGGUACGCGACCCGCCUGCGCACUAUCCUCCUCUCCGCCCACCGCUACGUCGCCUACACCUCCGACAUAGGCGAGUCCUUCCGCCCCGUCGCUCACCCCUACCUCGUGCGCACCGCCUACGGAAUCUCCUGGACCUACUUAAUCGGCGAUGUCGCCCACGAGGGCUACAAGGCCUAUCUCCGCAACCGUCGCGUGCUCGCUCCACCCUGCGAAGCCUACAAAGACGCCAGCGACCUAGCCCACCAAGAUGUUGCCAAGGGCAUGGCCACAGGCAGCAACACGGGCGGAGCUUUGCGCAACAACCCCGACCCUGUCAACAAAAAAACCCAGCCUGAUACCCUGACUCCAUGGCCGUCAACGACUAUCCCACUGAUCGAAGACUACCGCAUGGUGAUGGCGCAGCGCGCCGUGUUCCAGAGCAUCGCCAGUAUGGGUCUGCCAGCAUUCACAAUCCACAGCGUGGUCAAGUACUCUGGCCGGGUGCUGAAGAACAACAAGAGUGUGUUUUUCCGCACUUGGGCUCCUAUCGGUCUCGGUCUCUCCGUCGUCCCUUUCCUCCCUUACCUCUUUGACGAACCCGUCGAAAAAGCUGUCGAAUGGGCCUUCGAAACCGGGCUCCGCGCUUACGCAGGCGAAGACGCAGUUCGCCAUCUCCCCCAUGCGCCUCCGCCGGCGCACGCCCCAAGCAUCAUCCCCGCUCCAGGGCCAGACGCCAAAAUCUCCUGGGACGAGUACAAAGACGAACUCCGCCGCGCAAAGGAAGAGCGAAAACGAGACCGCGAGGAACGCGGCCAGUCGGGGAUUCGGUCCAUGGUAGGAGGAUUUAGCUUUGGCUCUUCUGCCUCCGAUUCAAAAGAUAAGUCGGAGUGA